GCUAAGCCACCAAUCGACGGUCUGGCAGCCCUGUUUUAAAACGGUAAAUUGUUUAAACUUUCAGAUUUUUCACGUGUUUGCUGUUUUCUUGGUUUUUUCGUUAAUUGAUUUUGGUUCUCGAGGAAAAUGCUGAUUUUCCACCUGCUGCUCUGGCCAGCGAUAAUAGCCAGCACGCCCUCGACGCCCUCUGCGGCCCAGAAAGCCGAGGUGGCCAAGCUGCGGAGCGAACUGGAAAAAGCUCUAGAGGACGACGAUGGAGCACCGCCGGGAGUGGUGGUGGCACCUAGUUGGACUCAGCCGGCAGGCCAUCCGCCUCCUGCAAAAGUCACCAAAGUGGUCGUGGACCACUCCUCGCUGAGCAGCGCGGCCGCCAUUCGCCAAGAGAUUCAGCAGGCGGUUGCCCACCAGGGACAAAAGCAGGAGGUACUGCAGCUGGAGGCCCAGCUUAAGGCCAGGGGCAGCACCAAGGAGAGCCCCGCCCAGUUGGCCGCUAAUCCCCGCCAGGAGCUGCUGGGAGCAGCUGGCGAGGAGCAGGACAAACAGGAUUCGCCACUGGAAGCCAAUGUGGUGGAGUCGCAUGCGGCCGCGCAGGGCAUCGAUCUGGAGCAACUGCAGCGCCUAGAGCUGUCCAAAAGGCGCACCCGCGAUAUGCUCAUCCUGGGCGGCAUCGAGGAGCUGUUAAACUAUAGCCUGCCCGCGGACAUAGAUCGCUGGCUGAGCCUGCAGGCCAAUGGCAGUGUCUUACUGGUGGGCCAGCAGCGGGAGGGUUUCCUGGUGCUAACCGAUGACUUCAGGCCUCUGCAGACCUAUAUCCAUCCCGCUCCCGUGACCACCUUACUCGGAUUAGAUCGCUGGAACAGCAGGCUGCAUGUGCAGGAGGGCCUGCUGCUGCUGGCUGCCGAAGACCAGCUCAUCUGGCUACGCUUGAACGCCAGCUUGGGACUCGCACCCUUCUGGCACUGGCCACUGGGCGCGACCCUGACGAAGAUGGCCUCCUUCAGCUUGGAGGGACGGGACUUCCUCGCCCUCGUCGAGAACCGCACGCUCAGCAUCUACGCCUUUGACCUGGAGGCGGAGGAUUUCUGGAUUGCACAGCGGGUGCAGCUGCCCGAGACGAUCUCUGACUUGGCUAUCCUGGAUACGGGCAGGGAACUGCUCCUCGCAGUGGGCCAGUGGGAUGAGGCGCUGAUUUACGCCUGGAGCGCCAGGGGAGAGCCGCUGCAGCUGCGCCAGAAGGUCGGAGCACCCGAAGUGACCGGCAUCACUGCCUUCCAGAUGGGCGGACGCAGCUAUCUGGCGCUGGGUGGCACACUGCCCCAGAUCCUGGUCUAUUUGCAGGGCCAACUGGUGCCACGCACCAUUCUCGGCCAGAACUUUGGCUUCGUGGAGCAAUUUCUGCCCGUUCCCGUGCGCAGUUACCGCGAUGACCUGCUGCUGCUCGUCCAGCAUCGAGUUGUCUUCGAUCCUCACUCACUGCUCGUCCUGGAGGUUCUGGUGUGGAAUGGAGAGGCCUUCGAGGCGGGCUUGCCGCCACCUUGUGGUGCCACAUUCGGAGCAGGAUGCAUGCUGGACCAGGACCGUGAGUCGGGCAUUGCGGGAUCAGUUCUCCUUCGUCGUCUAGAUCAGCCUCCCCUAGUGCUGGUGCCCAGGAAACAGGCACCUUCGGGCAUCUUUAGGCUGGAAACUCAAUUGCUGGCGAGGAAUUCGGAGACACAGGACCUGCUGGAGAUUCGGCAGUUCAUGGAGAAUUGGGUGCUCGAGCAUGAAAAGCUGAUCCAGUUAGCCGAGGAUCUCUUGGUGGAGGAACAGCAUGAUGGUAACCAUUACGAAGAGGUAUCAACUCCUUUGGUCGUCAACGAGGAUGGAAUCAUUGAGGAACUCUUCGUGAAUGAAGCCCGCUGGACGGGAGCGGAUGCUGCCCUGGAUAUGAACGGGUUGCUCCAGCAGAUUCUCCAGUUGAGCGAGCAAAUAAGCUCCAAGCGAUCGAAGCGACAACCGGAGGCCCUCUUCAAUUUCCACUACGAACAACUGGAGGUGGAAGCCAUUGAAGCUGCAGAAAUCUUCCUGGAAAGGGUAAACCAAACGCCCUUCUACAUCCAAAACGGCUCCCUGGACUUGCCUCUGGGAAUCCUGAAUGUUCAGCAAUUGGCGCUUCUGGAAGCGCCACAGGAGGACCUCGUUACAGUCGAGGGCACGGGCACUGAAUCUCACGAGACGCUUCAGCUGGCUGGGGACUUGGAUUGCAUCUUUAUCAAUGGCAUGGCGUGCGAGAAGCUGCUCCAAGAACUGGUGUGGCGUCAUCAGCCCCUCAAGCUUUCCAAGCUGAGCGUGGAGGGAGCUGUCGUCUUCGAGGAUGUGCUGCAUGUGAAUUCUCUUAAUGAUCUAAGCUUUCCCGGAGACUUUCUCUGGUCACAGGGCAACGAGACGAGCGUUGUCCAGGCGCCCAAGGAGUUCACCCAGACACUCUCUGCCAAUGCGGUGGAUACUUCGGGUACCAUCAACGCGGUGAAUCCUCUGGAUGUUAUCACCCUCAGUGAUGACCAGGACUGGCCGGGAUGGGUAACCUUCUCUCAUCUGGAGGUUUCCGAGGAACUGGAGCUAAAUGGAAGUGCCCAGGGACGCCAGUUCGAGGAGGCUCCCUUGAAUCCCACAUUGCUGGAGUCGCGUCUAAUCCAAGCCGACUGCCAUUUCGAUCAGCUUUUCGUUCGCGGACCUGUACGGCUGCUAGGAAAACUGGACAACGAAAGCAUUGACUCCCUGCUGGGAGAUCUCGUCCAGCGUUCGUCGGACGCCGGCCAGGAACUGCUGGUAGUCGGGGCCAAGCAGGUUGAUCAUCUGCUCCUGCCAGUGGACGCCCAUGUUACAGAUAAUCAGCUCAGUGGGAUCCCCAUCGAUGACUUUGUGACCAAGCAUACCCCGCAAAAGCUUCGGAAUCUCUCUCAACUGGGCGGAUAUGUUUACUUUCACCAACUGGAGCUGCCGAAAGACUCCUCCUACGACGGCGUUCGCCUGGAGAAACUUCUCUCCGAAAGCCUGCGGCUGGAUGGACCAUCUCCUGUGACUUCCGCCCUCACCCGUCUGCGGUUCGUUGGACCUCCUCCGGAAUUCACCAGCCUGCAGGUGGAUAGCACUUUGAACGGGGUGCCGCUGCCCAGUGGCUACCAGCUACUCCACGAACCGCUUUAUCUGAACACAGCCAAAUUUAGUCGCCUGGAGGCAGGGCAGGCUCAGGUCAACCACGAUGUGGUUGGAGAUGGACUUUUGAACGGCCGACACCUGGGUCGUCUACUCCGGGAGCAACCUCGCACUUGGUCGGGUGAAGUGCACGUCCAGGAGCUGUUUCUCCCCCAGGGAGUGCUAGCGAAUCAGCUGCAGGGCAUAAAAGCGAAUCUCUUGCUGGACUUCCUGCAGCAACUGGACGAGCUCCCACUGCUGAUCCUCCAGGGUCGCCUGCAAGUGGAGCGCAUCGCCGUCAGCGGGUCAGUGCAAAUGGUGGGAGCCUUGAACACCCGGGACUUGAACGAACUCCAGAGGCAGGUAGUCUGGCUGGACAGACCCAACGAACUAAGGACGGGUUGGAUUCUGAGAGAUCCUCCCUACUUCCAGGGAAAUCUGCAAAUCCUGGGCAGCUUUAACGAUCGCCUGCUGCCGGAAUUGCUGGACGACAUCGUGCUGCGCUCCGACGGGCAGGAGGUGCUCCAAAUCGAGGGCACCAAAAGCUUCCUGGCUCCCGUGCACGUGGCGGAACUUCAAUUGGCCGAUCUCAAUGGGAUUCCCUUCGAUCGACUGGCCAACAAGGUGAAUCCGCUGAACCUCACGGGAAAUGUCCGCGUUCUGGGAAGACUUUUUGUGGAGGAACUGCAUCUGAAUGGUAGCUUAAAUGGCGAUGCGGAUUUCCCCAGUCAAUUGGAGCAACUACUUCGUUGGGAUCCGACCACACAAAGCUUUAUCCAACGGGGAGUAGUGGAACUGCCAAGGAAGCAGCUGAAUAAUCUACUGGUGUUGGGCCACUUGGGGAAUCGCAGUCAGGAACCCGUUCAAGAACUCUUCGAUCAGCUGAUCUUCAAGCAGCAGGAGAGGAUUCAGCUGCAGGGCCACAAGACUUUCACGGGACGUGUCCGCAUUGAAGAUGGGGCGUAUAUCAAUAAAUUGAAUGGUCUCGAUCUGGAGCAUCUCCUGGGAUCUCUAAUUUAUGUAGAUUCCCCGGAGGAGGUUGUUUUGGAAACACCCAUCCGUUUUGAAGCUCCCGUUAAAAUGGAUAACCUGCAGGCAGAUCGUCUUGUCCUUGCGGGAGAGCUGCUCGAUGGAUGCAAUGUGAGCCAGUGGCUCCGGGACACCAUUCGUGUGGAUCGCGAUUUCCAAUGGCCCAAAAUUGCCUUUGCGAAGGGUUCGCUGGACGGAAAUUCUCUGGAAGUGGAGAAGCUUAACCAAGUGGAUCUUUCAAUGGUGGUCACCCUGCACACGGAGCAGCACCUAAGUGUUCCCCUCCACGCAGAGGACCUCCUUCUUGAUGGUCAAAUGGUGGUGCGGGGCAAGGUCAAUGGCCAGAAUCUAUCCGAGGAGUAUGCCAACACUUUGAUGACUUACCCCCUGAAGGAGCAGCAUGUGGAGACACCCCUAUUCCUGUCCAGCAUUUUUGUCAGCGGAAACCUGGGGGUUACUCCUCCCGUAAGCGGCCUCAACCUGAGCGAUGUGGCCACCUUGGAGCAAGACCCAGUGCGCCUGCAGUCACCCCUGUAUUUUGCCAACCUCCAAGCUCCGUUUCUAAAAGCGAAUCAGAACCUAAACGGAUUCAACUUUAAAGACUGGUACGAGGGAAGUUUGUGGUCGCGCGGCAGGGAGCAGCAGGAGAUCAGCGGCAACUGGCGGGUCAAAAAACUGCGGGUGAAGCAGGCAGAUGAGCUGCGACCACGUCGACAAACUGUCGAGGAGAGCUACCGGGAGUUGUGCGAGGGUCUGGCCAGGAUCCUCCUUCCCUACAAAGUGCAGAAGCUGCGCAAGAGUUUCUCCUUAAAACAGGAGCGGGAUCAGGAAGACAUACGUCGGAUUUUUGCUUUGGAGGCCCACGGUGGCAUCAGUUACCUACUGGUUAACGAGCAAGGCUGCUGGACGCGCAUCCACCGCUGGAAUGGCACAGCUUUCGAUCGAUCCGGUGCCUUCCAGAGCGGACCUGUCGACGAGGUGGCUGCCUUGAGGGUGGGCAACAAGAGCUCCAACCAGGAGUUCUCCUUCAUGACCAGCUACGAGAUGCAGGAUGAUGAGCACGAGGCCACCAGGAAUUGCAGUGGGUUAAAGCCCAUCCUUCUAAGCUGGAAACUGAAUAAAACGAGGAAUACCGAGCCGAUAGAUAUACCAGCGGACACCUUGAGGAACCUCAGGGAGCAACAUGAGCAGCUCAAAAAUCCUCUUAGUCCGAAUCCCAGUUACCAGCAGGCCAUUAAGUAUCUCAAGCGUCCCACCAUCGUAUCUCAGCUGGGCUCGCAGUGGCAGGAGCAAAAGGAACUGGAUCCCGCGGAGCUGGCCGGGAUGCGUAAACGCCUGCUGGAUAACCUGGAGUUCCGGCUGCAGGCGGAGGUGAACAUCACCCAGCUAAGUAUUCCCGAGAGCGAUCUGUUCGACGAGCACCUGGUGGAGGACUUCCUGGAGCUCAUGCGCCAGCUGCACAGCCUGCGGCGUCGUUUGAACACAGAGACUCUACCACUGCCGGACACUCCAGCCAGAGUCCUGGCCGCUCGCAGUGCCCAGCUCAUCUGGCCCACUCUGCUGGAGUUGCGAGGAAUCUCGCAUGAAAACGAUACUAGCCUCCAGGAGCUCGUGCUUGAGCAGACGCUACUGGAUGUACUGGCGUUGGCCAACGAUGAGAAUGGCUCCGGGGAUGAUGAGAAGUUGCAUGCUGUCAUUGAGCGAUUGAGGAGCCUCAGGGAGGAGCUUCGUAAGGCGGAACGGGACCAAGAGGAAGCUGCAGGCUCCUCUUCGGACAAGGAAGAGCAGUUUCUGCCGCCUCCCACAGUCGACUGGAGAUCCGUGGCCACCCUCCGUCUGAUUGUGGGCCCCUCCAACCGUGGCCGCCUCCUCUACGCCCGUCUGACCGUCGUAACACCCAAGGGUGGACCUCCUCCCACCACACCCUCCAGUGCCCCAGCCGCCCACAUCCAGUUGCAUCAUGCCAAUGGAUCGCUCUUUCAAUCCCUGGCAGCGGAGCGUGGUGCCCGCCACCUGACCACUUUGCGGGUGCGGGAUGAGACGCUGCUGGCUUUCGUGGAAGGAUGCUGCCGCGUAAGGGUGCUAAUCUACCGCGGAGUUCAGGGAUUUGUGGACUUUUCCCGUUUCCGAGUACCCCGUACAGUGGGUGGGAAUGGCGAUGGAGAGGUUUUGCAGUUACUAUCCCUUCGCUUGUCCCUCAACCGACCACCGGGAGCCAUGUACUCCUUGGCCGUGGUCCAGGCCCGACGCGUGACUUUCUACGAACUGGUAAUAGCCGGUUUAUUCGAACCGUGGAUACAGUGCCUAUAGACGGAAAUCUUUCGGAGAUUCCCUGGAUUUCCUGGAUAGAUGAUUAUGUUGGAAUUACGGUUGAAGUAAGGACCGCUUAGUUAGAUCUGCGUUAGAUGUGAAUACUUACGAAUCCUAAUACUUACUAUUAAGGAUCCUUACUUAAGAUAAUUGUUCUUUUUUGUUAAUGAAAUGUUAUGUUGUUAAUGUUCUAGAAUGGAAAUGUUUUCCUAAAUAUGCGAAACAAUUUAGGCGCUGAAAAUAUGUAUUAUAUAUAUAUCGUGAGUCCCCGCUUGUUUAUUAUAUAUCAAAUAUAACGUGUUUCAGAUGGUUAAGUCUUGAGGUAGUUGAAGAUUGUUUAGGUCUCUGUAACCGUUAUUACUAUAGAUCAUAAAUUAACAUACAAAGAUAAUUGUUUUCAUUGUUGUAAUUUAAAUGUUAAGUUGUUAAUGUAAGUAAAAAAUAUAAUUUACUCAAAUAUGUGAAAAGAUA